AACCUACCUCCCCACCACGACCACCGACAUGGCCUCUCUAAAUCUGUCCCAGAACGGACCGGCCAUAACCAACAGCUAUCAGAAAAUCGUCAAUGCCUCGCCCUCCGGUCCAGCAGCUUCUUCUCCCACCUACGGUAUCUGGGCCUUGUUUUCCGUCAAGGCACCACUCGCCAAUGCCUUCCAAGCCGAUGCAUCGAAAGAGAGCGUACUUUCAGUUCAGACAACGGGUGAGGGUGAAUUGGCGGACCUGAUCGAAGACUUCUCCGAUGGGCGCAUACAGUUCGCAUUCGUGAAAGUGAAGGAUCCCAACACGACACUGCCAAAGAGCGUGCUCAUUGCCUGGUGCGGCGAGGGUGUGCCGGAGAGGACCAAGGGAUACUUUACGAGCCACUUGAACGCCGUCUCGAAGCUGCUGCACGGGUAUCAUGUGCAGGUCACUGCACGCUCGGAUCGUGAUCUCACACCUGAGCUUAUUGUGAAGAAGGUGCAGGAUUCCUCCGGGUCCAAGUACAGCGGAGGUGGAUCGGCGCCCUCAGCUGGACCGGCUCCGCCUGUAGCAUCUAAGCCAGUCCUACCCACGAAGAGCUUUGGUGCAUCGAGUGGCUUUCAGGCUCUCGGUUCACGUACUCGAGCACCCGCAUCUUCCGCUGCCGUUGACGACGACGGUUGGGGACAGGAUGCGCCGCAAGUGUCAAGAUCGCAGCUCGAGAAAGUUGCGCCUGCAUACCAGCCAACAAAAGUCAACAUGGCAGAACUACAGAACCAGCGACAACCUUCUCAGUACCAGCCGCCUCCACGCCCGAACAACAAUUCAGCCGACGUGGUCAGUGGUGGAUAUCAGCCAAUAGGAAAAGUUGACAUUGCUGCGCUCAGAGCACAGGCAAAGACAGCCCAGGACGAUCGGCCGACCGCGGUAAAGGGAGCAUACGAGCCGAUUGGUAAGGUGGACAUCAGUGAAAUCCGUCGAAAAGCUCAAGGAGGUCCAGCGCCCGCACCGGAACCAGUGCGAUCACAGCCAUCAGGCAGUGGCGAGGAAAGACCGCAAUCACUCGCCGACCGAUCUGCAGCUUUUCAGCAAGGCGGACGUCUCGCCGAAUUGCCCAAACCCAAGGUUGCGAACAAAUUCGGAUCUUCCACGAGCAACUUCGCCGGCACCAAAGCACCAGCACCCGGCGGCUUUCAAGCCAAGUCUCUGGCGACUGCUGCACCUGUCGGCACAGCCAGCAAGACUUUCGCAGAUGAAGGUGGCAAGACGCCAGCACAGAUAUGGGCGGAGAAGAAGGCUCGUGCGCGAGGUGACAGCGGCGCGGCGGACACCCAGCGACCUUCGAUGACCGGGGACACCCCUGCAUCGCCAAUCGGCGCUCAGACGAGCGGUGCGUGGCAGUCCGGGUAUGAGGGCAAGAAGUGGGGAGUACAAAUUCCUUCCCGCACUGGCGGUAGUGGUAUC